AUGAACACAGAAAGGAUCAUUGACCUCCCAGAACUCUUCGACGCAAUCGCCUCCCACCUCCCCCUCUCAACCCUCUACCAAUGCGUCCAAGUCUCAAAAGUCUGGCACACAACCUUCAUCCCCCACCUCUGGAGGUCCUUCUCCGAAGACCCCUCAAGAUGCGUCACUUGGUCCCAUAAUCUCACAAACGCCGUCCAUGCACGAUUCGAUCGCCCUCAGGAACUCGAAUGGUACAAGGAUGUCUAUCGUCGCCAUGCGAAAUAUAUUCGACACCUUACACUCUUCAUCCCUGUCAUCCUCGACGCCUGUCUUGAAGGUGCCUUUGAGCCGCUCGCACCGUCGCUCUUGGACGACUAUAUGACAGGAGCCUCAGGAACAGGAGCAGGAGCAGGAACUGCGACUAUGCCAGCUGUCGGCGGUCAAUCGUUAAUCACCAACCUAGAGUCCUUCGCGAACGAAAUCGUUGGUCUGGCGUUGGAGAUUUACUUACCAGAAUUGGCCACAAGAACGAAUCCAAUGAGUCUUUUCAGCACUGAACGCGACUACGGCGUCGAAGCAACGACGGAGCCCGCUGCUGGAGCAGGGGAGAUGAUGACAAAGGCAAGCCGCAGUCCUCAAACACUCCUUAUCGAAGCCUGUCAGAGGUUGAUCCUCUGUAACCCGGGGUUGAAGACCUUGAAUUGCGGAUACACCCCACAUAUGUUUUAUGGGAUACAGGCGAGGCUGCAAGCGAUGGGAGAAACAGGUGGUGGUGAUGGUGAUGGUGAUGGUGUCGGAGGUGCUAGGGUAUUCAGGUCACUCAGGAACCUUUCCAUCGUGGCCAGCAACGAUCGGAUCCCGGUAUUACCGCCCAGCGUGACAAUUUUCAAAUUGAUUGGUGGAUUCGGCACUGCUGGCGCCCCUCACCAUGCCAAUCAAAUGAAUGUUACAAACAAGUCCUUGAAGGUCUUGGAGAUGACCUGCAUCGAUUCCGAACUCCAUCUCCAGACAAUCCUGACCCAAGCACCUGCCCUCAAGACCCUGAAAAUCCAUCGGUUCCCCCUCCCAGCCUUCGCCGCCAUCCCAGUCUCGAGUCCUUGGCCGCUCUCUCGGAUCACGGUCCUGAAAUGUCAACAUAGUCGAGGAGGUGCCUCGAUUACUAUCCCCGCGUAUCCUAGCAUGUUUCAGAGUUUCCCGUUGCUAGUCGAGUACCAUGACAACAUGUGGUCCCCAGCUCUCGCUACCCAGUUGGUCGAACAUUGUCCGCUCCUGGAGGUCAUUUGGGUCAUUCGAGACGCCGGUUUAUUUGGGUCACCGUUUGUGUCUGUGCCCAAGGUUGUAUCUCGUCAGGUGGGAGGUCCUGUGACUGACUGUGUGUCGAUUUUGUUGACAACGCUUCCGAGGCUCCGGGUCCUGGAGAUGCCUCAUGAAGUGGUCAAGGCAGAGAAUGUUUUGGAGCGGCCUUGGGUCUGUUUAGAUCUGGAGGAGUUUUGGUGCCAGAUUGUCGAGCUUCCCUAUUUGACUGCAGAGGAAGAGCAGAAGACCCAAGAGAUUCGUCGGAGGGAAGAGGAAGGGGCGAAGGGGUCUUACCAACAAUAUGCCAGGAGGACGGACAAGGAGGGAGAGCUCAUGGAACUCCAUGAGAGUUGUAUCUCUACAAGAAAGCAGAUCAUGGCCCAGCUUGCAAAGUUGACCUCACUCAAGUACCUUUCCCUUAGUCCAGAUUUCAAGACCAGAGACGACCUUUUCGGGAACCGACUGGGCUUGAGGCAUGUGUACAAGUCUCCGCGGGACGGACGGAAUUAUAUCCGAUACGACGACGUCCUACCGGACACCCUCCAUCUGCGCCUCGACACAGGACUCGACCAACUCGCCUGUCUAAAGAAGCUAGAGUUUCUCAGCUUUGAAUCCAUAGACCACCGCCUUGACACUGCCGAGAUCGAAUGGAUGGCGAGAGAGUUCCCUAGACUGAAAGAGACGCGCGGUUUGGUGACGGAUAGCUACGUUGGAGCUGAGCCCGACCCCAAGAUCGAUGCUCUGAUUGCACUGUUGCGGAGACUUCGACCAGAUGUGGCACAAAGACAGAGUUUUGGCGGGUAUGCAACGAAAAUAGCACAUACUUCGUUUGGGUUUACUUACAGUAACGACUGGAAUUGA